CCCGUAUCCUUUUUUUGUCUCUCGAUUUCUGUGUCUCUGAUGAUUUUCUAUCCUCAUACUGCUCUAAUUAUUCCUGGCCUUCUCUACUCACCAUGUUCAACCUCACCAAACCUCAACGAUUGAUGAUCAUUAUCGGAAUAUCGUUUUCCUUUUUCCUUGCGGAAAUCGGAGUCGGGUUCUACACAAAGUCGUUGGCUCUAGUGGCUGAUGCUUUCCAUUAUUUAAACGAUCUGGUUGGCUUCGUUGUGGCAUUUGUUGCAUUCAAGAUCUCAGAACGAAGUCAUUCUCCCAAAGAACUUUCCUUCGGUUGGCAGAGAGCAAAUCUCUUGGGUGGCUUCUUCAAUGGCGUCUUCCUACUUGCAUUGGGUGUUAGUAUCUUUUUGCAAGCGGUGGAGAGAUUCAUCGACUUGAAACGAGUCGAGAAUCCUAAGCUUGUUUUGAUUGUUGGAUGCGUUGGCUUUGGUCUUAAUGUCAUCAGCGCCGCCUUCCUACACGAACACGACCAUGAUGUUCACCAGGCUGUGAAUCAGGGUAUUGGUGCAACCAGUGACGUUGAUAUGGGUGCGGUGAACGCCGGACAUAGUCAUAGCACUCACCGCCAUGAAGAUUCCACCAGGUCUACAAAAAAAGGCCACGAUCAUGAUCUCGGCAUGAUGGGUGUUUUGUUGCACGUCAUUGGCGAUGCUGCCAACAACGUCGGCGUCAUUAUUGCUGCUGCAGUCAUCUGGAAGGCCAAGUAUUCCGCAAGGUUCUACGCCGAUCCAGCUGUUAGUAUGGCGAUUUCAUUGAUGAUCUUGUUCUCUGCCAUCCCGUUAGUCAAGAGAACUGGCGCCAUCCUCAUGCAAACUGUUCCUCGAGGAUUGGAUCCCAACGAUGUGAAACAUGACAUCGAAACGAUCGAUGGUGUACUAGCAGUACAUGAACUGCAUAUCUGGCGCCUGAAUCAGCAAAAAGCAGUGGCUUCGGCUCAUAUUGUUGUGUCCGACGAGGCCAUGGCGGAUUUCAUGACCCUUGCUAGCACAAUUAAAGAGUGUUUUCAUGCCUAUGGCGUCCACUCGGCUACUCUUCAGCCGGAGUUGCUGGCGCCAACACAAAGUGCUUCUGGCGCCGAGAGUCAGCCAGUAGGUGAGGGACUGAGGCGUAGGAACGCUGAGGAUGCCUCUUGCAUGCUGGGUUGUGGAGCGACUCUAUGCGAGGAUUUGACAUGUUGUGGUUAACACUCAUAUGAGAGCAAUAUUUUUUGGCCGCAAAGCGUCAUCUCAAGUCGUUUGGGACAUUUUAGGUGAAUGAAGUCACGCUAUAGACUUGCAUAGUUGUAAUGUACUUCAUGUGCC